GGUGCACGAUGUUGCGGCCAAUGUACUUGGUCAGCUUCUCGAACAGCACCUUUGUCUCGUCGUCAGUCAGGGGUCUCAUUGUGGUGGAAUUGGAGGGGGUUGGGAGGAAAGUACAGAAGCAAGCGAAAAGGGGCGAGGACGGUGCUGGGGAAAGCCUGCUGGCACUACUGGUGCGCUUAGAAUUGAAAAACUUUCGGCAAAAAAAAGUGAUGGUUGCUGGGCCUGAUAAAAUCACCAGAGCAAUCACGCCGAAUUAGAUUUUAUAUGAAUCGUACUCUUUCCGCCUGAUCGCAGCGUGUGCUUUUCGAUGCGACAAGAGCGCCAGUGUAUUUGGCGCGCGCAGGCAGACAGGCGCUGGGUCACCCUCUUUUCAGCAUUAUCCUUUCCGGAACGAAAUUAAACUCGAAAAAUGCCGACCCGUUUUAGCCACAAUCGCAAGCUGCGUGGACACGUCUCUGCCGGUCACGGUCGUAUUGGCAAGCACCGCAAGCACUCUGGUGGUCGCGGUAUGGCUGGUGGUCAGCACCACAACCGCAUCCACAUGGACAAGUACCAUCCGGGUUACUUCGGUAAGGUCGGUAUGCGCUACUUCCACAAGACGCAGAACAAGCUGUGGCGCCCGGUCAUCAACGUUGACAAGCUGUGGACUCUUGUCGAUGGCGAGUCCAAGGCCCAGGUUGCCGCCAACAAGGAGCUCGCUCCGGUUGUCGAUGUUCUGCGCGGCGGCUACGCCAAGGUCCUGGCCAACGGUCGCCUGCCCAGCAAGCCCAUCAUCGUCAAGGCCCGCUACGUCUCGCGUCUGGCUGAGAAGAAGAUCAAGGCCACCGGCGGUGCUGUCGUGCUCUCGGCUUAAAGCGCGUUUCUAAUUGCUUCUCAACAAUAAAAUGCACUUUAUUCAA